AUGUCGGGUGCCGUGGGCCGAGAACCAGUCUUUCCGACUCGCCAAUCACUGGGGUUGAUGAAAGCCAAGUUGAAGGGGGCAGAGGUAGGCCACAGCUUGUUGAAGCGGAAAAGUGAAGCAUUGACAAAGCGUUUCCGAGAGAUCACACGGCGCAUUGAUGAAGCCAAACAAAAGAUGGGACGGGUCAUGCAGAUUGCGGCCUUUUCCCUAGCCGAAGUCAGCUAUGCAGUCGGUGGAGAUAUCGGUUACCAGAUCCAGGAAUCGGCCAAGCAAGCUCGCUUCCGUGUACGAGCGAAGAAUGAGAACGUCUCGGGUGUUUACCUUCCUCAGUUCGAGAGCUACACGGAAGAAGGUGUCAAUGACUUUGGCCUGACUGGUCUGGGUAAGGGUGGUCAGCAGAUUCAACGCUGCCGGGAGACAUACGCGCGGGCCGUGGAGACACUGGUUGAGCUGGCCAGUCUGCAGACUGCCUUCUUGAUUCUUGAUGAGGUUAUUAAGGUCGUCAAUCGUCGAGUCAACGCCAUCGAGCACGUUAUCAUUCCUCGAACAGAGAAUACCAUCAAAUGUUUGCAACCCUUCUAUCGCAUUCAACAGGCCCUCGCUAAUAUAUAUCAAGACAUCAACUCCGAACUUGACGAGCUCGACCGAGAAGAAUUCUACCGUUUGAAGAAGGUCUCGAACAAGAAACAGAGGGACAACGCCGCUGCAGAUGCGGAAAUCCUAGCUGCCAGAGAAAGGGCGGCCGAGAAGGCAGCGCAAAACGGCACGCCGCCAGUUGCAGAAGCCGAAGAACCUGAGACGACCGAUGUUCUUGGCGACCAGGAAGACAAUGAUGUUAUUUUCUAG